AUGCUUUCGAAAAUAUUACUUGCACUAGCGUUCGUGACGCCGACAGUCUCUGAAUAUGAAAUUCCAACGGAAAUAGCAAUGCCUCCAAAAAUGGACCCUAUUCCAACCCUUCCAAAGGUAACACAGAGGGUUUUCUUCGAUAUCGAAGUGGAUGGCAAGAAUGCUGGCCGCAUCGUGCUGGGACUAUUUGGUGAAAUUGCACCCAAGGCAGUUGCAAAUUUUGUCGGACUCUGCGAAUGCAACAAAGGAAAGGCAAAGCUCACUGGAAAGGACCUGUGUUAUAGAGGCUCGAAAAUUCAUAAGAUCAUUCCCAACUUUGCGUUUCAAGGCGGAGACAUUACUCAUGGCGAUGGAACAGGCGGUGAAUCAAUUUAUGGAGCACCGUUUGAAGACGAAUCGUUCGAGGUGAAGUUCACAAGGAGGUUUCUGUUAAGUAUGGCCACUAGGAGAAAUAGUAAUGGAUCACAAUUCUUCAUCAACACAGUGAAAACACAAUGGCUGACUGGGAAAUACGAGAUAUUUGGCAUGGUGCUAGACGGAUUGAAAACUAUCAUAGAGAUUGAAAUGUCGGGAACUUUUGGUGGACACCCAUCAAGGGAGGUCAAAAUUGUCGAUUCAGGUACCUUGCCUCUGGAAAAAGCGGACCACAAUCCUUACAGGGUAAGCUGGAAGCUUGAGUCAUAG